AUAUAAUCAAAAUAUAUGUCUGAUAAUAACAGUGAAGAAAAUUCAACUAGUAGUCGUGAGAUUGAUAUGUAAUAGAUGGUUGUAAUGAAUUAAUAUCUAGAAUUAGAUUAAGCUCUACAUUGAAAUGAUAGAUGCUAAAGAAAAUUCAUCAGGUUAUAUAGAAUAUAUUCCUUAAUUUGAUUUGGGUGAUAUUAUUUAGUCAAAUGUAGUUAAUGUUUUAAAAUUGACAAACAAAAUUAAAGAAUUAGGAAUUCAAUUGGAUGGUCGUACAAUAUCUUAUUAUAGUUAUGAUUGUGAAAUGUAUAUAAAUUGUGGAAUAGAUCCUGUUCAUUAUUCAUAUGUAAUACCAUUAGAAGAGAUUCAAUUAAAUAAUUAAAUAAGAAUCAAAAGCUUUUAACCAAUUUCUCUUAUAAGUUUUGUUAUGUCUGAAGAAAUGAAUGAAAGGAUAAAUAGAUUGAAAGAAUAAAAUUGCAAUGAUCAAUAGAUAAAACUAUAAAAAGAUUAAGAGAAUUAAAAACAAUGUAGAAGAAUUAAGGAAAGAAGGAUUGGAUAUAUCAUCGAAAAAGUUUCAAAAUGGAGAUAAUACUACAAUGUAAAAAUAAGUAUCUAAUUAAGGGUAUCAUAAUUGAUGGAGAAAAUAAACGAUUUACACUAGAAGAAGCAGCAAAAAAGGUUAAUAUUUCAAAAAAAAGUUUGGAUGACUAUUAAAUAUAAAUAAAAAAAGGUAGAAAAUUUGGAUUUAAUUUUAAUGAACAUAAAAAUGAAAAAGUUGGAGUUUUAAGAGCUUUUGUUAAAAAGAACAGCUGUCUUAAAAAAAAGAAAAUUUAAUUAGAAUGA